CGAUCAAUGAAGCUUGCUUGCGCGUUUCAAUUUGCCAUUGUUAUUUCCGUGAUUUUCAUCGCCGGUGUACGGCUCGAAGUGGAGCAUCGCGCUCCUAAUUGUCGAUUUUAAUAGAAUAGUUCUUAUAAAAAAGAAAAAAUGAGUAAACAUCACUCGCACGAGAUAAGUGAACAUCCGGAGAUUCAAUGGGCUUUGGAACUGCUCAAGCCGGAUCCCAAUUACCAGCCCAGUGUGCUUUCCAAGUACUCGGCGGAAUUUAUAUGUAUAACAAGCGGCUUUGCGAUUCCGACUUUAACAAAUUUGUACAAUACUAAGCCGUUUUAUGCCGGAAUACAGAAGCAUAUUGCAUUCAUGGCAGGAGGAUAUGUUUUGUCGCAAAUUAUAAAGAAGAUGGUUCAUGACUUUCAAGCAGAACGUGAUACUAGAAUGAGAGAUUAUAUUAUACGACAUCCAGAGCUCUUUCCAGAGCCAGAACGUGUAAAGUAUGGGCAAGUUCUAGAGCCGUGGGUCCCGAUACGUUAAUUAAUUAUUAACAAUUGUUAGAGGUUUUUCAUCAUCUUGAUUAUGUAACCUACAAUGCAGACAAACAAUUAUGGUUCAAUGCAAUGAAUGUAGACAAGUUGUGUAUAUAAUUAAAAAAAAUAUAUGUAUAUAUAAACUAUAUUAGUGUUUCACAGCUAAUAAAAACAAGACGUCAUUUUGAUAAUGUAAGAUAAAUAA